AUGUCGGCUCAACAACCACAACAUACCCCAGUUCCAAUCAAUGACAUUUCUAAAUUGGCCAUCCCAACUUUGCCAAAUGUUACACCACCACCACCAAAACAAAAUUCAUUUUGGUCAUCAAACCCAGUAUUUUCAUAUUUAAACGAUGUACAUAACGCCAUAAGUGAACAUCGUGCCAAUUUAGGAUUAACCAAUCCAGGAACAAUUGAAAAUUUGAACAAGGAAGUUAGUAGAGAUGUAUUUUUGAAUCAAUAUUUCUUCACUGGAUUAAGAGCUGAUUUGAACAAGGCAUUCUCUAUAUCGCCAGCUUUUCAAACUUCACACACUUUGAGUUUAGGAUCACAAGUGUUGCCACCUUAUGCUUUUAGUGCAUUGUUUGCUGCUGAUGAUUAUUUCUUGCAAGGAAAUAUCGAUAAUGAAUAUAAUUUCAGUGGUAGAAUUAAUUAUGGAUGGGAUAAAGCCAAUAUUUCCAAAAUCACAUUACAAUUGGCUCAAUCUCAACCAUCAAUGGUUCAAUUGGAGCAAGAUUACCAAGCCAAUGAUUUCUCCAUUAAUUUGAAAACAUUGAAUCCAAGUUUUUUGUACGAUGGAUUUUCCGGAGUUGCUGUUGCCUCAUUGUUGCAAAGUAUAACUCCUAAAUUUGCCCUCGGUUUAGAAGCAAUGUACUCCAAACAACCAUUGGCUCCACCAGAUACUGCUGUCUCCUACGUUGCUCGUUACAACAAUGCUGGCAAAUGGAUUGCAUCAGCUCAAGUUCAGGGUACUGGUGCGUUGGUUGCUUCAUUUUGGAGAAAAGUGAGCGAUAAAGUAGAAGCUGGUUUGGAAACCCAGAUUGCUGCCUCAGUAAAACAAGUUGCUGAUCCAUUGAUGGGUGUUGGAUUCGAACCAGUUGUUGAAGGAACCACCACCAUUGGUGCCAAAUAUGAAUACAGAACUGCUGUUUUUAGAGGUCAGUUGGAUUCAAAAGGAAAAGUUUCAGCAUUUUUGGAAAAGAGAAUCUUGCCUACUGUGAGUGUAUUAUUCAGUGGUGAAAUUGAUCAAUUUAAAAACACUUCAAGAUUAGGGUUGGGAUUACAAUUUGAAGCAGCUGGUAAUGAACAAUUGUUGUUGAUGCAACAAGGAUUGGUUGAUGCUAAUGGUAAUCCAAUCCCAGGUGCUCCUGCUCCAGCUUUGUAA